ACCCGUGGGCUCGUCGUGAAGCUUGGCGAGCCCACCCUCGGUUUUCCAGGGCUAACGUUAUUAGAAAUGCAUGGCCAGGAUUCACUUGGGGACUCGGCGCCUUUUUAAUUUAUCUUGGCUAUGAUGCAUUAUCUACUCGUGGUCACCUUGGUGGUGAAAAUAAUAAACCUCACUCCACGGAAACUACAUCAUCUGAAACUCAUUAA